AUAAACUUUAACCUCCCAACACAGGUGCAUGCAGCAGCUCGAGCAAGGAGAACAAGACAUUAAUACAUCAACAGAUCCCGAACAAAAACUUGAGCAAUGUCAACAGGGUUGCCAAUCAAGGGAACAAGGCCAACAAGAGCAGCAGCAGAAGUGCCGUCAGCAAUGUGCACAGCAAUUGAGCCAGCGAGAGCGUCAACAAAUCUGCGAGCAACGCUGCCAGAGGCAACAACGUGGGGAUCAACAACAGCAACAACAGUGCCAAAGAAGGUGCCAGCAACAACUUGAGCAGGGUCAACACGGUCAGAGCCAGAACUAUCGACGAGAAAGGGAGGACCAGCAAAGUCGGGGUCAGAGCCAAAUGAACAACCCUUACUACUUUCCCUCGGACAUGUUUCAGCAAAAAUUCAGGUCUCAAGAAGGUGGGAUGUAUGUUCUUGAGAGGUUCACCAAGAAUGAAAAUAAGCUUCUUCGCGGCAUUAGGAACUACCGAUUAGCCAUCAUCGAGGCCAAGCCCAACACUUUCGUCCUCCGACACCAUUGUGAUGCUGAAUCUAUUUUCGUUGUUAUCAAUGGUGAGUAAGGACGUCUUCUGUUAACAAUUGAGUCAUUUAUAAACAAUAUAAAUCCACAACUUUAAUUGCUUUAUAAAUAUGGUAUUGCAGGACGUUGCACCUGUACAAUGUUGAUGCAAGACAACAAAGAGUCGUUCAACAUGGAAAUGGGUGAUGUCCUCAGAGUUCCUGCAGGAGCUACCGUCUACCUUGUUAACAACGACAUUGAUCAGACUCUAAGAAUUGCGAAGCUCAAGCAGCCAGUCAACACUC